UCCUCUGAGGGCCAAGCUCUUAAUGGUCACAUGUUCGAAUGCGACAGAACACUCGAAGGUUUGUUCAGCACAUGUGCCCUUAACGUGGUGAAUCAUCGUUUAUUUUACAAUGUCAGGACCAAAGGCAGUUUGCGUUUUAUUGCCCAAUAACAGCCCUGUGAAAGGUGUAAUCCAUUUUGAGCAGGUGGGUGACACAUGCAAGAUAACUGGUGAAGUAGAAGGACUCACAGAAGGAGAGCAUGGUUUUCAUGUCCACCAAUUUGGAGAUGGCACAAAUGGUUGUACAAGCGCUGGACCCCACUUUAAUCCAAAAAAUAAAACUCAUGGAGGACCAACUGAUGAAACACGUCACUAUGGUGAUCUUGGCAACAUCAGAGCAGGAAGCGAUGGUAAAGCCAAAAUUGACAUGACGGACAAGCUUGUUUCAGUUGUUGGACCAGAUUCUGUUGUUGGACGUACAAUUGUGGUUCAUGCUAAAAAGGAUGACUUGGGAAAAGGUGGAGAUGAUGAAAGUCUGAAAACUGGAAAUGCUGGUCCACGUGUUGCUUGUGGUGUUAUUGGCAUUAGCAAUAUCGAGGCGACAAAGUUAUUGUUAUGCACUUUUCGCGGUCUUCGCGGAAAAGGGUUAUUAAAAAAUAUAUUUGCCCGUGAAAGAUCGAUUGACUUCCUCCUGGUUAUGGCUCAUGCAGUAUGCCACUUAGCUGGUGACAUUCAAGGAACAGUCACAUUUUUCCAAGGGCAACCUGGUGGGCCAUGUGUAAUCAGAGGAAUUUUACAGGGUUUAACGGAGGGACAUCAUGGCAUCCAUAUUCUAGAAUAUGGGGAUAUUUCACAAGGUUGUAAAAGUGCUGGUGCUCAUUUUAAUCCACAUAACAAGACACAUGGUGGACCAGAAGACAACAACAGACAUGCUGGGGACCUUGGAAACAUUGAAGCUGAUGAUCAAGGACAGGCAGAAGUCAACAUCACUGAUAGUGUUGUGUCAUUGACAGGGGAAUAUUCAGUGAUAGGUCGCACCUUGGAGGUUUGUGAAGGUGUAGAUGAUCUUGGAAGAGGCGGACAUGAAUUGAGUCUUACAACUGGGAACAGCGGUGCUUGUUUAGCUUGUGGUAUCAUUGGAAUUGCAAAAUAUUCAGAGCCUACUAAAGUUUCACCAGAUGAUUCUGUUUAAUCAAGUUAGACAUCACACUCAUAAUUAUGAUGCACAAAUUUUUCAAAUGGUGAGAAAAGUAUUGUACAGUUAUUUUGUUUAUAGGUUAACUGGUUCAACCCAUGUUGUCUCAUCUGGAGCUAAAUUUUUUCUCAGUUCCUUUUUUUUUAAAUUCUCAUGAUGCAGACAACAAGUUUUAAGAAUAAUUAAGAUAAUUGCUGCUAUGUUGGAGGAAGUUCCAUUUCUAAAUUUAACCAAUGCAAACAAACCUCUAGGUUCUCUGUGCACCAAACUUUCUUAAGAAAUUGUAUGUGCAGGAAUAGCUUAAUUCGAAAAAAACCUGUAGAUUUAAAUACAAAACACUGCAGUCCCAUGCACGGUGCAUCAAUUUUCCUUUUCCUUACUACCUGGAGUUUGCUAGUAUCAUAUUCCUUGAAUUUGAAUCGAGUCUUCAUUAGUUUUAGUCUUGCUCCUGAUGACUUAAAGGGCAGUGUAAGUCACUAAGUGUGGCAAUUUACACCCUAACAUCAGUAUGCAUAUUCUCCAUACUGUUCUCUAUACAUUUCCUAAGGUGCUGAAAAGGAGAAUUAUUUUAAAUCCUUUAUUCUCAUGACCUCAGUUUUUGAUUCAGGAGUGCUACUGUAGGAGAAAUUAUAAGCUAGUCACCAUACAAGCUACUCUAUAUUAACUUCAGUUAAAGAAACUUUUUAACUUUUAAGGAUAAAUAUGAUAUUUUCACCUAAGGUGAUGCUUGUCCAUUUUGUAAGUAUUAGUAAUUGUCAAGGAGUUGUUAGACAUAUAAGUGACAA